GCCGGUGUCCAAGCCGCGCGCGGGGCCAGACGAAGAGAGCGGUCCGCCGGCAGCGGACGCACGGUCACCGGAGGCCCGCGCCACCGCCCGUGCAGCAGCAGCAGCACACGUGCUCGCGCCGCUCAACGUCAGCCGGCAGUGCCGUGCGAGACCAACCACCUGCAAGCCGAGGGCAAUCGUGAGAGCGCUGAGCCAUGGGCAAGAAGAACAGCAAGCUCAAGAAGGAGGUCGUCAACCAGCUCGUCAAUGAGACCUACUUCACGGAAAAAGAAAUUCGCCAAUGGUACAAGGGCUUUGUCAAAGACUGUCCUUCAGGGCAUCUCACUGAACAGGGAUUCCUGAGGAUAUACAAGCUUUUCUUCCCCCAGGGAGAUCCUUCUAAGUUUACUUCGCUCAUUUUCCGGGUCUUCGACGAGAACAAGGAUGGUGCUAUCGAGUUUGAAGAGUUCAUCAGAGCGCUGUCGGUAACGUCAAGAGGGAAUGUAGAAGAAAAGCUGGACUGGGCAUUCAGACUGUAUGACGUGGACAGCGAUGGUUUCAUCACCCGCGAUGAGAUGUACAACAUCGUCGACGCCAUUUACCAGAUGCUGGGAAACCAAGCGAAGGACAACGCUGAAGAGUCUCCCCGGGAGAGGGUGGACAAGAUAUUCGAACAAUUGGACAAGAACCACGACAACCAGCUGACCCUGGACGAGUUCAAGGAAGGCUCGAAGCAGGACCCCAAGAUCGUGCAGGCCCUGUCUCUGUAUUCUGCUUGAACGGCCGCUUCCUUAUCUCGCUCGCUCUCCCCUUGGACCUCCGCACGAAGAAGGCGACGACGACGACAGUAGCAACGGCAGUAGCAAUACUACUCCUCAAUCGCCCUCGGAGAGCCGCUUGCACCCUGCUCUUUCUCCACCCCUACGCUCUUUCUCUUCAUACCCUCCUUAUAGUAUUGCUUUCCAUUUGACCUCGUCUUUCCUAUGCGUUGGGCCAGGGGACGGGUUUCCACUUGCGAACGGUAAACGACGGGCGACGGAGUGUAGACAGCUGCACCCCAACGGCGCAGCACUGACGGCGCUGCGCGACGCCGCUGAAAUGUGAAUUCCAUGCCGAACCACUGCCCGCCCUGCGUUGAACGGGCACCGCGCAGUCGAUGCGGACGGGUGGCUGGUGAGCGUCUGUCUCGUAUCUUCGUUCAAUGAAACAGGCACGCCGUGAUCUCUACUAAACGACAGCACCACCCCCGUUCGUGUAUGCUAUCUACCAAGUAAUCACUCCUCAAUUUUUUACUCACAUCCAAGUGAGUAGGUUGAGAUCCAUCACUGCUGUCUUCGAGAGUCGAAAUCACACCCACACUCCCGAUUACCUCUGCUUCUUCUUUCUUUCCUUUUCUUUCUUUUUUUUUAAGUAGUGGUACCCUCAAGCGUUGCACGAAUGUGUAUAAGAGUUAUGCGAUGCCUGUUAUAUCGCGCUUCCUUUUUUAUUUUUGACAUCCAUUUAAAAAAAGCAUUUUUCUUUUAUUAAUUUCGUAUCAAUCAACCGCUUAAUUAUAUGCCUCAUAAAGUUGAAAUCAAUGAAGAAGGCGAGCAACACUAAACGAAAAAGCAAUGAAAAUAGAAAAUGAUAAUUCAAUGAAAACGAAGUUAAGAGAUCAAGAGAGAGAGGGAUAGAGUGAUAUAAGGAGAUAAAAAGAGAUAAGCGAUAGAAAAUGAGAGAAAGGUAAAGAAAGAAACGAAAUAACGAGUCAUGGAAACCGAGAAAGAGGUACACAGCAAAGAGAGAUAAAGAAAGAUUAGGAAAGUAGCAACGAGAGAAAGGUAAAGAAUGAGUCAAACUACUAACAGUGCAACGAAGGAAGCGAGAGAUCAGCGAUAUAAAGAGAGAUAAGGGAAGCAAUAAAGAGAGAACGAUUAAUACAAAUGCAGACAUAGAGAGCGAAGAGCGAGAACGAGGGUAACGGAGCUAAACAGAUGUUAUAGAAAACAGAAAGUGAGCGAGAAAAAUUCAGUACGGAAUGGUGAACAAUCGAUGUUUCCCAGACCAGUGGAGAAGCAGGACAAGAAAAAGACACGCAGUGUUGCUUGAGCGCUGCGUCUUCUUUUUCUGUCGUCCUCGUAUGAUUCGCUGGGAAACGUCAAUUAUGGGGCGGGAACUAUGACCAAACGCUCUACCUUGGAAAUAAUGAAAAGGGUAGAAGAGGAGAGAAUGAUGACACGCAAGAUAGAAAAGUAGAACUGGUAAAACGAUACGGACAGAAGCAGAACGAUAAAGGAAAAGGAUGACGUUAAAAGUGCAUGCAGUACGAGAAAAUGGAAGAAAGAACUAUAUAAUGGAGGGACAAUAGUAAAACUAGAGAAAAGGAUAGUCAUAACUGGAUAACGAAGGUAAGAAAUCAGAUAGAGCACAAAAGAUAGGAUGCGAGGAAAGAAAUAUAAAAGAAAAGCAGUGAAAGGGACAGAGAAAGUAGGAGUGAAAGAGAGAGAAAAUACGAGAUAGGGAGAUAAAGCGAGAAACAGGAAACUAAGAAGAAAGGAGAGAGAACGUGAUACAGAAAAAAAAGAAAUGAAUGAGUGAGAAAGGGGGUGAUAGGGGAAGUGAUAAAGGAUGAGAAAUCGAGAAAAAUCAAGGAAUCGGAGAGCGAGUGGGUGUAUGUGUGUGUGUGUGAUAGAGAAGAACGAAUAAUCGAGAAUAUUAAAGAAAAGAAACAGAGUGAACAAGCAAUAAAGAGAAAUAAGUUUCCGAGAAAGUGAACGGCAGGACAGAGAGAGACUGUGUGAAAGAGAAAAUAAUGAAAAACUGAAAAAAAGAUAAGGAAUAAUAGAGAUAGAGAGUACGUGUGAUCGAGAAAAAGGAAGGAAAUAACGAUUGGCACAGAAAAAAAAAAAGAGAAAAGAGGCAGGAGAAGAGAGUAAUACAAAACGAUAGCUAAAACGAAAUAAUGGAUAAUCGAGAAAUAUUAGCAAGAGAGAAGGCGGGAGGUAGAGAGCGUUAGAGAAAAUGAAGAAAAUUAGUAAUAGAGUAAAAUUAGUAAAAGAGAUAAGGAGAGGGGGUGAGCGAUAUGGAAGGAUUAAUGAUAAUCGUUAGAGACGAAAAGAGAAAUGAGAAAGAAUAAAUACCCCGGAAAGAUAAGGAAAACAAAAGGAAGCAGAUUGAGUUAUAAAGAAAGAAAAUGAGAUAAAAGAGAAAAUAUGAGGGUGAAAGCACAGAGAAAGAGAUGCAGAGAGAAAUGUAUGUUUAUCGGGAGGAAUUGAAUGAAAGGAAAGGCGAGCAAAGGAACGACCGCGGUGCAGAGUGUGUGGAGAAAAAGCGAUAAACAUAUUGAGAUACAGGAGGAGGGAUAAGUUAAGAAGGAAGAAAGGAAGUGGACACGACAAUAAGAACAGUGAGACAGAAUGAUGAGUGAGAAAGAGACAGUCAUUUAAAGAUGGAGACAUCACACGAAAUAACGAGAUGAGGCUGGAGAACGAGGAGUAAACAAAGACGAACGGUCACGUGCGUGCAACAAAACAUGAAGAAAGAAAACUCAUUAUAUCUGCUGAGAUUACCGGCUUCGGCGCUCAAAACCGCGCGGCAAUUAACGUAACGACUUUCAUUGGAGACGUGACGGCACAGAAGCGCAUUGUUUCCUCGCGCUCAGCUGCUUAUGCAGCCUUAUUACUGUCUAUCAGCCUUUUUAACGGCACAGCCUCGACUGUUUUCCCCAUUGUGACAACAGAAAUUUUGAAUUCUUUGUUCUUGGCCCUUUCAAAGUCAGGACUGUCCAAUUACCGGACACCGCCGUUACCUUGCUGCCGUUCGAUGUCACUCGUUUUGUUGGUGCUCAACACGAAAGCUCAGUUCUGCGAGCAGGUGAACAGAUGCGCCGUGCGUGUACAUCCUGUUAUCUAACAAAAGCGGUCCACAGGAGGAACAAUUGUAAAGCACCACUUUUACUGUUCAUGCAGUAUCAGUGGCCUAACUGCUAAGCAUACAACUGCCCGCACUCGAAUAUAAAUUUAUAUUUAUAUUUCUCCUUGAAGACCUCCUAUGAGGCGCUGAAAAAAAAAAGUUGUUUAGAAUACUUACUCUAUCGCUAAAUCCGGCAGUUUGCAAACCUAAACGUGCUGUUUUGUUCACUAUUGAUGAACGGUGUAAUUAAACUCAUCAGUCAUUCUUUUCUUUCGGGAGAAGCAAAACAAGAAAGCGCGAUAGCUAUCGUUAAAUCAAAGAGCAAGUAGGACCAUGCAGAAAUCGCAGAGUUUGAAACCGUAAUUAAACCAUAAAUGACCUUAUCGCUGCUCUUCGGAAUCGUGUGACAGCCAUUUGGCACAAAAAAAAAAAGAACGCUCACGUCGAGAAACGCAGUAAAUCGACGUGAAAGGAGGCGGACGUUCGCGUCGCCGUCAGUGCUGUCUCGGACCUCGCUGCCAGCACGAGAGACAAUCGUUAGUGCUACCGCUCUCUCUAGUCGCGCUACGCGUGCUUACACGUAGAGCCCCCGUACUACAUGCGCGUGCGUAGUUUGCUACGCUUGUAGCCAUGUACGUAGACGACGACCUGCGGCCCGCUUUCUUUAGCGGAGAACCGCAUGGGCGCUGCGUGUCGUGUAGCGCGCUCAAUUUCGCUGCGUCCUGCGGCCGCUCGGCUGGCCGGCAGCGCCUCCGUAGUGCGCGCUUAUGAACGGCAGCCCCGUCGGGCGUCACUAGAUCUGCCUGUAGAGCAGCAGCAGAAGCAGCAUAACUACACUAGAUCCCCUGUCGACACACACCGUAGGGCGCCAGCUUGCCCGCGCGCUUGGUGUGCGUAGCGCAUGACACCGAGACACGAAAGAGAGACGGGCCGCAGACUCCUCGCUUUCUCUCCGAAAAGACUGCGCAGCCGCGUGCACAAGGAGCUGGAAUAGGAAAAAAAAAAGACAUAUGUGCGAGCAGAACGAGGGAAGGGGACGACCAGGCUUCCUGCUCUGAAGUUUCGAAUGGAAGGUUUGACGAAGACAAACCCCGCUGGCACUCGCACCGGCCUGGCUCGUCAUCAUUAGUUUUUGCCACUUCGUCUUCUACACAGGAACAAGAGGACGCAUGCGCGUCCAAAUAUAGAGCCCUCUAUAAUUUAUUUCGCGGGAGAUCUUUGCGUGCGCAUUUCCACCCUUUCAGUCAUCAUCCAAGCUUCUCACUUUCAAUGUGUCCUGCAUGCAAGUUCCUGCCACAUAUUCUCCUCUAUGCCUCUCCCUAGGAGUCUAUUUUAUUAUCCUUUCUUUUUUUUUUCUGGGUGGUAGAAAAUUUAGCUAAAGUUUAGUAGCGGCUUCUUGUCUGCAUAAGCAAUGCCGCUUCAAAUCUUUUUUUCUUGUUUUAUAUUAAAUCAGCUUCAGGCGGUGCAAGCAUAGCUCCGACAGUCACUUGACUCAAAUGGCUGACGUCCCUGUAUCCGUUUUGCGACCUGCUUAUCUCUCUCUCAAUCACAAGUCUAUCAGUGAGGUCAUGCGCCUUCACUCGCUGGAAAGUGACACUCCUCUUUUGGAAUUUGGGAAAAUAUCCGAUAAAAAAAGGGGGAAGAAAUCAAAGAAGUGAAUUCAUUGCGAUCGGCAUCUAUUCAAUUUUUUUCCCGAUAAAAAACAUAGAAAUUUUGAUCGGUCGAGUUUCUGUACAGUCGCCAUUCAAUAUGCAUAGAUGAUAUAGUAUGCGACGGAAAUAUAAAUACACAACAAAAAAGUCUAGCUUUCUGGAGAAAAAGUGAACGUUAAAGAACUCACAAGAUUUCAAUAUUCGGCGUUCAGUGCUUAGCAGCACGAUUGAAGCACUAGAUUCAACGCAACAAAUAAGGACAAAAUAAACGUUCGGCGGCAAUAUUCUCCUAGCCAGCAGUCGAUAAGUUUACGCGCUAGAAGACCGUUCAAAAUUCACAAAAUGACAGCUGACCAGCAUGCAUCGCACGCCAGUGCACUUUCGAUCAUCGUUCUCGCCGAAUGACGUCCGCGGCUUUCUUGGUUAUGGCGGGUUUAAGUGUGCUAGCUGUAAUGAGCGAAAACAAGCAGAGAUGCGAGGAGUGCGCCUGCGGCCCAUUGAUAAAGGCAGACAUUUUCCACGCGCGUACCGCACUCUGGGGACCCGUCGCAGAACCAAAAUAUCUCAAAGAAUGCGAGCGGCGACCAAAUCGAAAAUAAUGCGACAGAAAUAUAAUUUAAGUAAGAAACGGGACGAAAAGAAGAGACUUUCCGCCGGUUUCUCCGCGCGAAUAAAAUCCAGGAAACUGCCAGCUGAGCUCGCAACAUAUUGCUACCUCCCCCAAAGCAGUCGGCGCAACAUGAUUCGGUGCAUGAAACGUCUUGUUCACCCAGUAACUUUACCUCGUCUUCUGUAGAGUUGCCUUAUAAAUGGCGCAAGGAUGUGCUUUUUUUUUCCUUUUGUAUUAAUCUUCCCUUUUUUAUCCCUAAGGGCCACUUCCCCGCUUAGAAAGUUCAUUAUUGUGUGCUUAUUGUAAUUUUUUUCUUCCAAACAAUGGCGAAGCAAACGUGCUUUAUUUUAUUUUUAUUUAUUUAUUUAUUUAUUUAUUUAUUUAUUUACCUUUGUGGCGUACGUCCUAGCCUUCUCAUUAAAAUUUAAUUUCGUACAUCACCUUUCUCGCAUGGCAUCAAACGCGAGUUAUUGGGCGUCGUCUCCUCAAUAACGAAAAAAAGAAAAACGUCGAAGCAAGGGAAGUAACGGGUGUUUCAAAUCAUUUUUCACACCCCUUAAAGGGGGUCGUAGAUGUUUGGAAACGACGGACGAUGAUGUUUGUGAACUAAGGAAAAAGAAAGUCGGUUUCGUCAUGCCCUGCAACAAGCGUGAGAAGAGAGACUAUAGCCGACGAGUCUGCGGCCCUCGCAGCAGCGGCAACAACAACAACAACAAAUGGAGAGGUUAAAACCGUGACACAGCUCCUCCCGUCCUCUUGCGAUCCAAAGCAGCUGAAAGAGCAUAGCCCUCCCUUUAGAAAAGCGCUACGUGCCUAGCGCUUCCAGGCCGACCGACGCCACCCACUUACAGUUUUCCCCUGCUGUUCACUCACUGCACGCGCUUGCACCUUUUAGGCCAAGAUACUCACAGGUGUUGCGGUCACAGAAAUGGACGCCAGUGAACUGCUGACACAGAUAUUACGAACGAGAACACGACUUCCCUCCCGGAGGCGGGAAUAGAAUUGUACCUUUUUGAGAGAGUGUGCGACUUGUUUGUUUCAUUAUUACUUCUUACAUUUGCAUGCCGAGUGAGUUGUCAAGAGCAACUGUAUGUUGACAUCGUUUAUAGGUGUAGAUGUCUAUACCUUUAAAGUUAAGCAGCGUAACAUUUUAGGAGAAGAAAAGCUUUUUCUUUUUUUUGGGGGGGGGGGGCUGCAAGCUUAAACUGUUGAAAAUUUUGCUCUAUUGUGCACUAACGCGGUACGACUGCUUCAGUUUUCAUUGUAUACACGGCACGUUUCUUUAAAAAAAAUGUUGGCUAUGUGAAAUUCCACGUGCAGUCACGGAACACUGAGCACAUCAUGAAGCCAUAUGCUAUUUAUUUGUAGCUGCAACGUUCAAGCUUGAUGGCACCUUUUUGUACUGGGGCGCUUCAAAUCCACUGAAGUAACGACGCAGCUCGUACUUAAAAAAAAAAAACCCUUCAGCCAGGUCUUUUAAAACGCGGCAGAAUCACAUGCUUACCAAAAGUUAAUCACUUUUGCAACUGCCAGUAUAUAAAAUAUAUUGUGUUUUGAAGUGGUGAAACAUUAGAAACACUGAAGAACGGAACGUUGGCUGUGCGCUUCGAGUGUUAUGUAGGAGCCCCCCGUUUUAUCGUGCCUACAUCCCUGAUCUAAGUACCUUGACGCUCAUUUGUAAAUAUUUAAAUGCGAUUGAUAUCGCUGAACCCCUUACGGCUCUAAUAUUAUCCAUUAAACAGAGGUGGCAGAAGAAAAAAAAAGUGAUGCGGAAAAACAACACGAAAACUAAGUGGAGCAUUAUUGCGACCACAUUGUACAAACUUAAAAAAAAAAGUGGACGAUCGCAUAUACUGAUUGAAGUUUAGGCGCCCGUUUUUUUGAAAUAUAUAUUUUGAGGAUAUAAACUAUCUGACCUAUCUCUGACACCUUGAAUGUGCUGUAUUCUGUAAGGUUUAAGCUUGCGUGUCGUGUUCUUCACGUCUAUAUGAAAUACGUCUUGUUGUACUAAAGCGGGUAUAUGAACGUUUGGUGUAUAGUUCGAGAGUGCAUCGUUGUGAGGACGGCCGCAGGCAUACGUGUUACCCAGUUUCCUGUUCCGUGAUGUACUGACCUUAAGCAUGUGUACAGCCACGUGAACAACGAGGCGUUUCCGAGGGCAUACGUCUACGCAUUUCGCCCAUGUACACAAAGAACGCGUGCUCAUGUAACGCAGCUACAUGUGCGAAAGCGCAUUAAAACAAAACAAAACCAGCUAUGUCGUUAAUACCUGCAUGCUCGUGAACUUAUAACGGCUACUCACAUAUCAGCUAGUUAUAACUGGAUGUAGUCUCACAUGAUCGUUUGUGUGAUGCGUCGUUCAUAUCACGUUACGCCACGCAAAAAAAAAAAAAAGAGUUCACCUAUAGGGGCGUGGUUUACGGGCCAGUUUCUUGGACACUAUUGUAGAUCCGAGCUGCUGUUUUGUUGUCUUGUUGCAGGCAACGCAUUUCCCCUGUUCUUAAUCUUAAAAGUUGGGCUGCGAUAUUUCUUCUCCUGGUGCUUUGUCUCUACUCUGAUGCGCCCCAUGUUUUUGUGACGUCAGAGAUAUGAAAUGCUUGAUGUCUGUUCACGCAGAGUACACACACGACAUCGUCUUUCAGGCAAGACAUUUAUCUACAGCCGUCUAUUUCGCACCACUAUUUAAGAGCAUGCGCAGAAACCUGCAUCCGUCUGAAAAAAAAUAAUAAUGCUAUAGUAUUGCGCACAAAACGAGAGAGACGUGUAAAAAUGCUAUUUAUUUUUCUUUGGACAGCUUGUGAUAUUUAUAUUCCCUCUCCAUAGAAAAUACCUGCUCCUAAAGUCAUGCGUUCACUCUUUGUUCUUUCGUUAGUUUGUUCUUGUAGAGUGUACUAACAACGGCAGUUCGCCUGAAUGUCUCAUGACUGACGUCCUUUCUCUCCUGUGAUCUAAGAGUCCUCACUUGUGAGAAAUAAACAAUUGUAUAAACCUGAA